CCUCAAUUUGGCUUUGAAAUGUCCCUCAGAGCCAAGUCCCACACAGACCUGCAGACGACUGGCAGGUUCUCACUGGACGACAGCUUAUAUAAAUCCUUCUCCACGAGCAGCAGUAAUGUCAACAAAGGCAGCUGGUUCAGGAACGAGGUAACAGAAGAGGUUAAAGGUCUUCCCAAGCCAACCAGGCGGCCUGUGCGGGCAGUUAGACCAGUCAGCGCAAUCAACUCCAAUGGCUCCUUUGUUCAGAUUAACCACCUGCAAGGAGAGCUGGUCAGAAAAAGGAAGGAAUGUGAGGAUCUGAGGAAAGAAAACAAGUACUUAUUAAACGAGAUCCACAUGGAGCGGAUUAUGAUGCGCACAGAUAGCGAACUAACCAUGAGGAACCUGAGGAACCUGAACCAGGAGCUGCAGGACCAAAUCAAAGAGCUGAAGCUGAAGCUGUAUCAGAGUCAACAGAGGGCGACAUUGUGUUCCCAUGUAGCAGAUGAGGCGAAGGAGUCCAGGGGGGAAGCGGAGAAGAGCAGAGCCCUGGCUGAGGCCCGGGCCCUUGGGUGUCAGAGGGACAAAGAGGUGGCUGAGGCUGACAGGAAGCGCCUGAGCGAGGAGCUUCAGCAGCUUAAAAAAGAAGGGCAGAACAAGUAG